UGGACAACGAUUCCGAUGAUGAUGUUCUCUUGCUGCUUCACUUGCGACGUAGACGCAAGAAGGCCAAAUCAAAACACCGAAGACGUAUGUGGGUACGUCCAAUAUUUCAGCAAAGGCGCCAACAAGGUGAUUUUCACCAGUUACUACAAGAACUGCGCCGUAACGACCCGGAAAGCCAUUUCCGUUUUUUGAGAAUGUCCAAGGAGACGUUCGAUUGUCUUGUCGAGAAAGGGACCCCUUCACUAACAACAAGAUCCUACCAAAGUGGAACAAGAGCAGAAAUCUCUCCAGCUGAAAGGUUGGCUAUGACAUUGAGGUAUCUAGCAACAGGAAGCUCUCAAGUGUCUUUUUCCUUUAAUUUCAGAGUUGGUCGCUCGACAGUUUGCAGAAUCAUAAGAGACACUUGCACUGUACUCUGGGAAGUGUUGCAACCUCACUAUGUUAAAGCACCAUCAAAUGAAGAAGAGUGGAAAGGAAUAGCAACUGAUUUUGAAAAGAUUUGGAAUUCUCCGAAUUGCAUUGGAGCAAUUGACGGAAAACAUGUUUUGAUUCAAGCGCCAGCUGGUGCUGGGUCCGUGUACUACAAUUAUAAAGAGACCCACUCUAUUGUCCUUAUGGCUGUUUGCGAUGCGCAUUAUCGCUUCCUAAUAGUUGAUGUAGGAGAUAGUGGUCGGCAUAGUGAUGGAGGUGUUCUUGCACAGUCAGCAUUCGGGCAAGCACUUGAGUCUGGCACCCUUUCAUUGCCAUCGUCAAGAGAAUUGCCUGGCACAGCAACAAGGGCUCCAUAUGUAUUUGUAGGCGACGAAGCAUUUCCUCUACGGACACACAUGCUUCGGCCCUACCCAGGCAGGAAUCUGCCAGAUGCAAAGGCUGUGUUUAAUUACCGUCUUAGUUGAGCUCGAAGGAUCAUUGAAAACUCUUUUGGAAUUCGGACAGCUAGGUGGCAACUUUUUAGAAAGCCUAUCGUCGCUCAACCAGAACAUGUAGUAACUUUUACUAAAGCUGCCAUUGCUCUCCAUAAUUUCCUACGGAUCACCGAAUCUACAGUCUAUUGCCCAGUUAAUUUUAGCGAUGCAGAAGAUAGUGUAGGGAAUGUAGUGGAAGGAAGUUGGAGGGCUGAAGUAAGGGCUGAAGGGGGAUUAGAAAGAGUAGGGCAAGUUGGGAGCAAUAGAUGUAGUCAAUCAGCAGCCGAAGUACAAGAGUGCUUCAGCAACUAUUUCAUGUCUCCCCAAGGACAAGUUGAUUGGCAGUACCAUCACAUUCAUCGAACAUCUUAUCACUAGAUGUAUAGAGUGAAUUUAAAACCGGCUUUUCUAAAAGCCACAAACCGGCUUUUCUAAAAGCCAACAAUAUAGAUCAGAGAGAGCAGAACUUAUGCUUUGGUUGCCAUUCAUGUACAUUGCAUGAAUGUCAUAGCUUUCCACUACUGCAACUUCUUCAUUCCACCAUGGUAGUAGUUUGAAACAUUUAAAGAAAGGGUAUUUAGUUACCUUUAGAAAGGGUAUUUAGUUACUUAUUUGCUUAGAUUCAAAUCUCUUUGAAGCGAUUAAUGGCUUUUAAAAAAGCCUGUUUGUGAGCAGCCUGUAGAGAGCUCAGGUUGUGUAUGUGUUGGAUGGGAACUCUGUAUAGAUUGAUGAUGAUGUAUUGUGCUGUUGUGGGUGCUGUUCUGGAAGGAAAAUCAAAUUGUUCGCAGGUUCAUGCUGCUGUGUGGGACUGAAGUAUAGAUCGUAUUCAACUUCUGUUAGCGCUUGGUGUACUUUCAUUGUAGCUAAGGCUUUCCUUCGUCCGUCCAAUUUCCGUAGCCUGGCUGCAACAUGCAGUCCAAAAUGAUGAUCCUCAUCCAUAUGGUUUUUUUUUGGUUUGGAAAUGAUGGAUGAUAGCUUCGUCAACUUCAUCAUAGCCUCUCUUCACCCUUUUGCCUCUUUUAGAUGGGAGAUCAGAGGAUGGGAGAUCAGAGGACGGGGGAGGGGGAGGGGUAGAGAAAGAAUCUAGAGACGGGGAUGAUGAUGUUUGACUAGAGUUAGGAUGGUGAGAAGUUUGGUUGUCACAUUGGUAAGAGGAAGGUUGGCUAGAUGAUGAUUUGUCAAGAUCAUGUUCCAUGGCAGAGCACCCAUCUCUGAUACAGCUAUAAUAUUUCAAACAAAAGCACUCAUAACAAAUGAAUGCCACAGAGCAGAUGCGGUAGUUUUAUUCUUGUUUCCUACUGUAAUUAUUGUUGUUAUUAUUAUUAUUUAUUAUGUGUCGUUAUACCCCUUCAUGAUGGGCAAGUGGGGUCUUUACCCCCAUCUGGGCGCCCACCAACCUGGCAAGUGAGCCAGCACGGAAAAUAUGAAGAAUGAAUUCGACAGAUAGAGCAUGCGUCUUUUACACCUAUAGUAUUCUCAUGCACAGGACGAUGCAGUAAGCUGCUUACAAACACAAACACCUUGAAGCAUUUUGCAUCAAUGUUAGGUGAAACGCUUCAUUCCACAUACAACAUGACAGUCAAACUGGCUUCGCUCCAGAAUCUGCUAUGCUCUUAUUAGAUCUGCGGUCAUGUGCUUGAGAGGAUACACAACAAAUACAAAUAUGAAGAAGGCAUCGAGCAAGCUGUGGCCACUAGCUGCCUAGUUCACAAACUCAUUAGUAACUUUCUUUGCUUACAAAUAGUUUUCUCUAAUACCCUUAUUAGUAUCUUAUUGCAUUUAUAGCAGAUGUUGCUAGCACAAACACUCUAGUUUCAGUGCUUAGUGUUUCAUUGCAUAUGUAGCAGUAUGGACGUAGUGCAAAUCUGUUCAAAUAUAUGUUGUGUGUAUUAUUAUUAUUGUUGUUUGGUUGUUAUUAUUAUCAUUACCUUUGGUCAUCUGUCUCUGAAAGACAUGUCCCGACCUCUC